GUUUCCCUAGACAGAAUGAGUUCAUCACAUCACAAGCAGAAGGAGGCAGCUAACACCAUGAAAGGAAGAGAGCAGAUCUUCAAUGUCUUCGAUAUCGUUUCGGAAGUCCCCGAUGACCAUUUCUUUGGCUCACCAUCAGAAGAAGCUAGCAGUUACAGCACCGCCAACAGCAAUCUCUCCAAGCGCGCCAUGAAAGAGUGGAAGAUCUUGGAACAGAACCUUCCAGACUCCAUCUACGUUCGGGUCUACGAGAACCGCAUUGACCUAAUGAGGGCGGUGAUUAUAGGCGCCGCGGGAACGCCGUACCACGAUGGUCUCUUCUUCUUCGACAUCCAGCUCCCUUCUAAAUACCCAAACUAUCCUCCGGAAGUAUACUUCCACUCGUUCGGGCACGAUCUCAACCCGAACCUCUACAACAACGGCAGGGUCUGCUUGAGCCUCCUUAACACGUGGCACGGCAGGUCAGCCGAGAAGUGGGAUCCACGCGCUUCGACGCUCCUUCAGGUCUUGCUCUCAAUCCAAGCACUCGUUCUCAACGAGCAACCGUUUUUCAAUGAGCCUGGGACUUCGUUCGGACGCCCUAUCUUUCAGAGCAGGUCACGUGUCUACACCGAGAUGGCGUUUCAGCUCACGUGGGAAGUUGCCAUGAACCUCGUUCAUAGGCCGCCCGAGCACUUUGAGGCCUUCGUCCUUCAACACUUCUGCACGCGCUCAGUGGCUGUCUUGGACGCGUGCCGCGAGUACGCCAAUGAGCGCGUGUGGGUUGGGUAUUAUUGCAUGAACCAAAGUGGUGAUGGUAGGUCAUCCAGUUUGUGUUCUUCUUCAAAUGUGAAAGUUUCGGCGUCUUUUAAGAAGAGUUUGGUGGAAAGUUUGUACCCUAGGCUGGUUCAAACGUUUCAAUCAUGCGGUGCGGAUUUGAAUGGUACCCCAAAAGAGUUGGAAUCAGAAGUUAUUAUUAACAAGCAACCCAAAAGGAAGCAAAUGAUUGAUCCGACGAUGCAUGAAAACAAGGGUGAGGCUGGGAAGCAUAACAAUAAGGGUGGGAUCUUCAUGAAAGCUGUGGAUAGGAUCAAAACGGCGUUGGGAUGGAAGAAGAAGAAGACAGAUUCCAAACAAUUCUAGGUUUUUGUAACGGUUAGUUAGGAGAUAAGUAAAUCCUUGUUUGACCUUUAAUUAGCCUUCUUAAUUAUUGUUUGACAA